AAAUGACCUUAGCUAUUAAUAGGACGUUAAACAAAAUAAACCAAACCAAUCCAAGCAUUGUGUUUCCGGUCAAACCAUACCUAAAUACCCACAUUUAUGCUUUUGACCAAUCAGAAGCCCAGAUAUGAUGUCAUUCUAUUGACAAUGAUGAGUUUUUUUUCGUUUUUUUUUUAUUCUAACUAUCAAAAACCUUCAUUUCAAUGCUUCAAAUACAGCAAAUUCAUAGAUAACAUGUUUCAGCCAAUGAGAAGCUAGCAAAAAGCAAAAGAAGGAGAAUUAGAAGAAGAAUUAGGAUAAAAACAAAAGAGGAUUUUAAACCAUUGCAACACUUAGGAGAAUACAAAACGGCAGGAAUAUUUUUUUGGGUCGAGAGUAUUUUAUCGGGUUGGUACUUUCUUAAUGUAUCAUAUCUACCAAGAAAACAGGAAUCUCAUUGGAGCCGAAAUCUUUUUAGCGGGAGCUACGUCUUCGGAUCACAUAAGCCGAUAUAACGUUGUAAUCGGAUUUCAAGAGCGUUAUAAGAAAACGUAUACAAUUAUCAUAAAAACUGUAAUCUCUGUAUAUAUAAACCGCUACGACCUAGCGAAGGGCUACAGGAUAUGUGGACAAUGAAAUUUCGCUCAGAGGAAGAACACCACUUUGGAAAUAACAUUUGAAACAAAAGGAGAGUUUAUUUUCACAAGAAUAUCACUGCAAGAAAAACUUCAGAUUUUACAAACGUUUGUAAAACAUUAAGAACAUAAGGAAAUCAAGAAAAAUUAAUGGAAAAAGUUAAUAUUGGUAACGUUGUCCCUAGUUGGCUUAUGGAAUAGGAUAACAUAACGAGAAACGCUUAAUUGAUUUAUAUCUAAUUUGGUUUUGGAUGGAUAUAAGCAUUUGGAUGAUGUUAAAAAAACGACAAUAGCAAGUGUUAUCAACAUUGGCUGGGAAAAUAGGAGACACUGCAUCGCCGCAAAGGGUACAGAAGAAGAUGUAAUCAUGAUCGAUAGCCUCCAUUGAUCCGACUUACGAAAGCUUUGCGAAAAAUCUAUAUGGCGUCUGAUCGCAUGGUGAACAGGACCAUUGUCGUGGAUAGUCACCGGAAACUGUCAAUACCAGUGUCAGCUGAAACGAUCGCAAAAACUCCACCUUCAUCAGCAAGACGCAUGUCCAAGUCAAGACAAAGCUAUACUACUAUACCGGAAGAACGAAAAAAGAGUACUUCCGGUAACAGCAAACUUCCGACAAUGGAACGACGCACGUCAAAAAACCUGCCUUUCUUGGUUAUAAAGGAUAAGAACUUGACGGAUGCCCAAAUGCAAGAAAUCAUAGCCUCGUUUGAAAUGAUUGACCUCAACAGUGAUGGCCGUAUAUCCAAGGGUGAGUUGAUAAAGGCCGCGGCGUUACUCGGAAUGAAUCCUACGGAAGAGGAUGCUAAAGCAAUGAUGAGACUCGCUGACCUUGACGGUGACGGUUUUAUCGACUUUGAGGAGUAUAAGAAUAUGAUGCGUCACAAUUAUAUAGAAAUAGAUAUUGAGAAGGAACGACUGUUAGCUGCAUUCCGAGUCAUAGACAAAAACAAAGAUGGAUUUUUAAGCCGGGAUGAGCUGAGAUCCGCGCUAACAUACAAGGCCCCGCCUGAAAACAAAUUUGACGUGGAACUGUUUAUUGAAGAAGCUGACGUUAACAAUGAUGGACAAAUUGAUUACACGGAGUUCGUGAAUUCGCAGUUGUGCACAAAGAUUUUCACUUAGUCAACUUGCUUGGUUACCAAUACCCUUCGAUAUCAAUCAACGAACAAGCGCGAAUGUGUUGAUUAUUAUUAUUAUUAUUAGUGGCACGCAUAUACGAUGCUUACGCAGCUUGGAUAACAUUCCUAUGGCGUUAUCUUCGUUUUUUGACGGCUUUAAUAUGUCAGGAUUACCAGGACGUAAUGAGGCAAAUCUAUUUAUAACCAGUCUCCAAGCAUAAUUUUUGUAUUCAGAACCUUUUCUAAUUAUCAAACUUCAAUUGUGUCUAAAAGAUUUAUCAGAGGAAAAUUUUGAAAUUGUAUGAUAUCGAAAUUGUCAUGAUUAGGAAAAUCACAAAUUGAUAUUUGGUGUACCAACAUGGAUAAUCGUAAGAAAUAAGCAUUCUCUACGAAAACAACGAGACAAAAUGUUUGUUUCCGAGUGUCUGAUAUAAACCAGGAAAUAUAAAUCGCCUUUGGUUCUAACUGCUGCUGUUACUAGCCAUUACGCGAAGGGAAGUUGACAUAUUCGGUGAAAUCAUAUGUGCGAAACGAAAAGUGUCAAGAAAACUGUGCCAUCGUUUUAGGGGACAGCAUCUGCAUUAGAUUGUCUCAGGCAGCCUUGGAUUUCAGCCAACAUGGUAUUGAAUGGAAGAAUCCACCAGAAACAAAUAAUGUGAAACAUUUUCUAUAGGGAAAGGUUGAUCUUUAGACUGUCACUUUAACUUAAUAACCCCCAUUUUGGAUUAUCAUAUGUAAAUAUAUAUUUUUAACGGUGACUUCAUGGACAAUACAACACUCGUGAUCAGCCAAAGACAUAUUGGUUUGUAUAUAGAGCGGGACUCCCUAUCAUUGUGAAUGAUAAAUUAAUUGUCGAUAAUUCGGCGGAUAUGCUUGUCUGGAAUGGAGCCUAGUGUUACGUUGUAAUGCAUUACUACAGUUUUCUGAGAAUGAUACUAUUUUCAAGGACAUUUCUGCUCAUGUGCGACGUCGAAGAGGACUAUGUAAAAAAAAUGUUUACAGCAUAGAAUAUGUAGUUGAUGAUUCCGGAAAUGGCUGUCUAGUAUGUGUGGUAUAAUCAGUGAAACGGACAUUGACGGAUUAACUAAACGAGUGAAGUUGUCAUUAAAUUGGAAAAGAGAAAGACUAACUUCACGAGUUAAGUCAUUAUUGAAUUUAAUAUGGAUGGCACUGGAUAAAUAUUUUGCAUCAAAUCAUCAUUAAAUUUAACAUUCAUUAAUUAAAUUCUCGAGUGACGUCAUCUUUUGCGGAUGAUGUCAUCAUUUAAUUGGUCAUUGAUAAAUUGAUUGACUUCUUGUGGUAAGCCAUCAUGCUAUUGCUAUUUUAUUCCCAUGUUGCAUCAUUAUCUAAUUAAUUAAUUAUCUUAACCUUUAUUUUUACUAUCAUAUUGAAUCCAAAAAAGGGAAUUCAAUAUUACACAUUGUCUUUGUUUAUAAUAUUUCCUUUAUGAUUUAAGACAGAUGUUACAGAAAGGGUUGUUGGCUUUGUUGUGAUGUUUAAUAAGGCAAAGUUGUGAGAAAAUAACAUCAUGGUAUAUGUUAACACUUCUUGUUAUGUGUUGUCGAUCUGAAGGUUGAUAAUUUAGCUUUCCUGUCGUAUUGUACUAUUUUUGAUAUUCUUACUGUAUACUUGAAAAUAAAAGAACGGAUAGUAACGAUUAA